GUGAAAUUUUGACAAUAUGAACUCUAUAACUUAUUUUCUUUUUCAAAAAAUAAUUUACUUAAUCCAUUUAAUUUCUGCUGUAGGUGGGAAGAUUGUAGUCUGCAGGUUUCCAAGCAUCGUCUUUAGAUCGGCAAGAUGGUUUCAUUCGAGAUGAACGACCGAAAAAAGAUUGGGCUAGGAUUGACAGGGUUUGGCAUAUUUUUCUCAUUUUUGGGAAUUAUCUUCUUCUUUGACAAGGGAUUUCUUGCCAUGGGUAAUGUACUCUUCUUAUCAGGGUUGCUGUUAACUAUUGGACUGAAGUCCACCAUGCAGUUCUUCAUGAAACGCCAGAACUACAAGGGUACAAUCUCAUUUGGUUCUGGCUUCUUCUUCGUCCUUGUUGGGUGGCCUAUCCUAGGCAUGAUGUUUGAAACAUAUGGGUUCCUUGUACUCUUCAGUGGUUUCUGGCCUACGCUGGCAGUUUUCCUUCAAAGGAUACCAAUUCUUGGUUGGGUGUUCCAACAACCAUUUGUGACUUCGUUCUUCGAUAGGUACAGGACUAGACGGGUACCUGUAUGAAGUGUCUGGAUCAAUGGAGGAGCAAAGCAGCACAACAGGACAAUGCUCUCUCUGUAAGAUAACGUCUGACCACGAUCCAAUGUAUUGUUUUGGUCCAUAUUGUGAGGAGUUAAAAUGUUCUAGUUGAUUUGAUGAUUGUUAACUCCUUUUCUUGUAUAAUUCAAAAUUCGGUUAACAAUCGACUUUCCUCCAGUUAA